AUGUUAGCAGAAUCUAAAUGGGAGGACGAGCGUGCAAAGGGCCUUGCUGAACUCUUUCACCGGCGAUCAUUGCUUCAGAGUUCAAGCCUAGCGAUUGAGGAUGGAGAAGAUUUCAUCACCUACAGAGACCUCCACACUAAGGCUCUAGCUUUGGCCUGGAAAAUUCACACUCAGCACCCUGCGGACAUAUCGCCCAUCGGAAUUAUUAUUCCACGAAGCAUAAACCAUAUACUUUCCCAGGUGGCUAUUAUAUACUCUGGACGAGCAUGCGUUCCGCUGGAUGAUGAACUACCCGACAGUUAUCUUCAGACUGUACUGAAGAGUAUUGGUUCAAGCAUAAUAAUCACCGAUACUACUCAGCAACACAGAUUGCCGUCAUGUCAUCAUAUAGUCCUCGACCACCACUCUCUCUUCGAUCUACCCGACACAAGUUUUCAGCCUAUUGAAAAUGGCCCACAGGCCUGUUGUCAUAUACUUCACACAUCUGGCACAACUGGCAAAGCAAAGGCAGUCGAGGCCCGAGCCGAAGGCCUUAUCAACAUCUGUCUGGAUCCUAUAGGUCUCGUGAGGAAAGGCCAACGCCUAUGCCAUGCAUCUCGCCCAAUCUUUGAUUUAUCUGUACUAGAUAUCUGGGCCACAUUAUUAAAUGGCGGCACGAUUGUCAUCAUCGGGCAGGAGACUUUGCUGGAUCCAGUGUCGCUAAGUGACUUUCUCCGGAUCAAGAGAAUUGACGUGUUGCCACUCACGACAUCACUUUUGACGGUCAUGGCAUAUAGUUGCCCCGGGGCCUUUUCAACGCUCAACACUCUCAUCACAGGAGGCGAGGCGAUCAACUGCCAAACGAUUGAAUCGAUAUUCAGAGAAGGCGCCCCAAGUCGAAUUAUUAAUGGAUAUGGUCCUACGGAGUGCUCAGUGUUCUCGCUUUUGCAUGUUGUUUCCCAGGACGAGGCUACGAGGGGAGAGAUCCCGCUUGGAAAGCCACCGUGGAAUGUGGAAACUUUUAUAGUUGACGAGAAAUUGAACCUGGUCAAACCUGGCCAGGUUGGUGAACUGCUCGUAUCCGGCGUUGGAGUCGCUGGUGGUUAUAUCGAUGAUCAACCCUCGACGGACAAAAGCUUUCUUCACUUGCCUCGUUUACCUCGUACCAUAAAGGGUGGAACGGGCAAAGUGUACAGAACGGGUGACCUCGUCCAAGCCGACCCAGAAGGAACGCACUACUUUAUUGGACGGCGUGACAACCAGGUCAAAAUUAGAGGCCAACGGGUCGAGUUGGAGGCGUUGGAAGCGAUUCUAUUGCGGACUGGGUUAGUCAACGCUGCUGUUGUAAUCGUGAUUGCACCAAAAGGAGUGGAUAAAGGCCAGUUUCUGCUGGCCUUCUGUAUACCGACAUCCUCCAAUGUCACUUCAGCUGCAAUUAGCAGGUCCUAUAUUGAAGAGGCGCCUCACCUUGUUCUGCCUAGGGUUGAGAUAAUCGACAAACUUCCCUUAAGGACCACAGGUAAAGUCGAUCGGAAGUUAUUAGAAGAGCAAUACUUUCAACGAAUUACACUUUCACGGACGAAAGCAAUCCGAUCCCACAAUGACACAAGCGCCAUCACCGCAGAGAUCGAGUAUAUUUGGACGGAUGUCUUUGGACUUACCAGCGAUCGCGUCUCUCGAACAGAUGGAUUCCUUGCAAUGGGUGGAACGUCACUUAUGGCAGCCAUGAUGAUAGCCAGAAUUAAUAGAACCUUCGGCACCUCGGUCCAAGUACGGGCGUUAUAUGAGAACACAACAAUUGAGAAGCUCGAAAGCCUGGUGGCCAAUGUGCAGGGUGAGGGCGAGUACCUGAAAUCUCAGGCGGAUGAAGAGAUCUGGUGGCAAGAUUCACAGCUUGGCCAGCAUCUAAGGCCAAUGGUUGCCAAGGUUACCCCUUGUCAGCACUGUUCGGAAGGCCGAGUCUUCCUGACCGGUGCAACAGGGUUUGUCGGGAUAUUCCUGCUGGCAACUCUCCUUCAAAGACCGAAUGUGAAGAAGGUGGCCUGUCUUGUCCGUGCAGAAAAUAAGACUUCAGCUGAACGCCGUCUACAAAACACGCUAGCCAAAUAUUCUCUCCUUGCGGAUCUCAGUAAAGCCAUUGCCCUGCCGGGUGACUUUUCUCAACCUAACCUCGGCCUGACUGCCUAUCAAUAUGAUUAUUAUGCCGAAUGGGCUAGCGUUGUGUUCCACCUCGGCGCAAAGGUGAGCUAUGUGGCUCCGUAUUCCUCGCACCGGGAAGAAAACGUUGUCGGAACUCUGAGGAUGCUAGAAUUCGUGAACCACAAACGAUUGAAGGCUCUGCACUACACUUCGACCAUUGCAGCCUAUGGCCCGACAGGAUACAUUACCGGUACGAAGGUUGUCCCCGAAGAUGAGCGUCCUGCUCCUCAUCUGGCCGCCUUGUCAUAUGAUACGGGCUAUUCACAAAGCAAGUACGUCGCCGAAGCCAUUAUGUGGAAUGCUAUCGAUAAUGGCUUCCCCAUUGCAAUCUACCGAUCCGGGUUCGUCCUUGGGCACAGCAAAACUGGAGUUUGCAACCGAAAUGACUUUGUCUCUCGCCUCUACACCAGCUGCAUGGAGAUGGGUGUAUAUCCGUUUCUACCAGAUCAGCGAAAGGAAUUCGUCGCCGUUGACUUUGUCGUCAACGCAAUGGUCCAUAUCGCAUCAUCCCAUUCGAAUCUAGGACACGCCUACAAUCUUGUCCAGCCCGAUAUCACUAACGCCCUCGAUGUCAACACCUGUUUUGAAGUCCUGAAUCGGAUCUCUCCGCAGAAGAUGCGCGGUAUCCCAUACAAAGACUGGGUGAAUUCUCUAUCAACGCGGUCAGAUAGUCGAUUGCAACCUCUCAUUCCCUGCUUCAAAGAGCCUGUCCUAGGCGAUAAGACGCGCUGGGAGGUUUACGAGAAGAUGACCGAGUACGGUAGGGAAAACCUCCGUUAUGCUUUGCGGGAUGCCCCGGAAAUCAUCAAGUGCGACACCUUGGAAGUGCUGUUUCUAAAACUGCUCCCAAGCUGGCUGCCUUCCAGUGCGCAAGCAUCGUCCAGUGAUAAGAAAUGUUGA